AUGGCCUCCACAGACACCCAGUCACUUUUAGUCAAAUUCGAUAAUCAAGUGGCUGGUCAUGACACUCUAAUGAAGAUGGCCACAGACGAUCUUAUGGUCAUCAAACCAUGUGAAGCGAGAGAAGUUCAAUUCUAUGAAGCCUGUCAUUCUCAUCCUACCUUUUGUGGAUGGAUUCCAGAAUGUUACGGUACUUUACGAUCCUCGACGGCAUCCGAACUCCAUCUAUUGGAAACCAGCCAGGACAGUGUCACACCUAUUAUACCAACAGCUGAAGAACAACCUGAUGCCAAACUUCCCGAUGAUAUCCUUUCCCUUGCUUUAAUUGCUCAUGUCAAUCAACCAUCAUAUCCAUCCAUUUAUCCUUGA